CACUUCCGCCGCCGCAGUCGCCGCCCGCCCCACUGCUGUCUGGCGGGGGAGGAGCUGGAGACCCGGGACCAGCGGCUCUGGCGGUCGUGGCGGUCGGAGGUCUGAGAGCUCUGUUCCUCCCGAGAGCGUGCGGGUGCCUGGACUGGUCUACACCUGACAGUCACUGGAAUGCAACUCCAGGCCUUAGAAGAAAGUGAAACUAACUCUAAAGGCCCCUUGUUCUUUCUGUUACCUGCCUGCUGAAGUGAAAAUAAAUCUCCCUGCUCCUUUAUUCUGAACUCUUUUGACUUUCCCAUCUCCCAAGUGUGUGCAGGGAGCAGGAGCCUUUCCACUUGAGCCCCAGCUGUCUUGGAAACCCUCCUAAGUCAGAGCAAUGGGUCAGGAAUCUAGCAAGCCUGUAUGGCCCAAGCCAGCAGGAGGGUAUCAGUCCAAUACAGGCAGGAGGUAUGGAAGGAGGCAUGCUUAUGUCAGUUUCAGGCCAUCCACGAGCCAGCAGGAAAGAAUUUCCAGCCAGAGAAAGACGACAUCUGAAGUCCCAAUGCACAGAUCAGCCCCCGGUCAAACCACCAAGAGGAGUCGAUCGCCAUUUUCCACCACUCGUCGUAGUUGGGUCGACAGUGAGAGCUCGGGGACCAGCCUGAAUGUUGAUAAUGAGGACUACUCCAGGUACCUGCCACGAGAGUAUAGGGCUUCGGGUAGCAGAAGAGGAAUGGCUUAUGGACACGUUGACUCUUUCGGGGCAGAUGAUAGUGAGGAGGAGGGGGCUGGGCCUGUUGAGCGAGCGCCAGUGAGAGGGAAAACUGGCAAGUUUAAAGAUGAUAAGCUGUAUGACCCAGAGAAAGGGGCGAGGUCUCUGGCUGGGGUGCCCCCACAGUUCUCUAGUUUUAACCGUGAUGUGAGAGAGGAGCUUGACAAGUUAGACCCAGCCCCUGCAGCAAGAUGCUCUGCUAACAGAGCUGAGUUUCUGCAGCAAAAUAGCAUGGCCUCUCAGAUAUCUGCUGCUGAAGGCAAGUUGGCUACAAGUGGCGACAGCCUGGAGAGGGAGAGGCGGGAGCAGAAUUUACCUGCGCGUCCUAGCAGGGCUCCUGUAAGUAUUUGUGGUGGUGGGGAAAACACCCCAAAGAGUGCAGAGGAACCAGUGGUGAGACCCAAAAUCAGAAAUCUGGCAAGUCCAAACUGCGUGAAACCAAAAGUAUUUUUUGAUACUGAUGAUGAUGAUGAUAUGCCACAUAGUACUUCCAGGUGGAGGGACACUGCCAACAACGACGACAGCCAUUCGGAUAGCCUAGCCAGAAGAGGCAGAGGCGACAGUUCAAGUGGCUACUCUGAGCCGAAAUACUCUGAAGACAAGAGGGAAGUCAGGAAUGACCAGGUGAAGCCAGAAAAAGUGCCGAGACAGCGACGAACCAUGGCUGACCCUGACUUCUGGACGUACAGCGAUGAUUACUACAAAUAUUUUGAUGAAGACUCUGACAGUGACAAAGAGUGGACUGCUGCUCUGCGUCGGAAAUAUCGAGGUCGGGAGCAAAAUCUGUCAUCCAGUGGUGAAAGCUGGGAGACUCUGCCGGGGAGAGAAGAGCAUGAACCUGAGCAAGCCAGAGUGAGUACCAGUGCCGGCGCCAGCCCCAGCGCUAGUGCUAGUGCUGGCAUCAGUGGGAGCAAUGAACUUGAAGAAGUUCGAGGACCAUCUCUUCAGGAAGAGGAGCGGGCAUCGCCGGAGGAAGGAGAAGUUCCUUGGCUCCAAUACAAUGAAAAUGAGAGUAGCAGUGAGGGGGAUAAUGAUUCUGGUCGGGAGUUUUUGCAGCCUGGAGUGUUCAUGCUGGAUGGAAACAACAACCUUGAAGAUGACUCCAGUGUGAGUGAAGACCUAGAAGUGGAUUGGAGCCUCUUUGAUGGGUUUGCAGAUGGGUUGGGGGUGGCUGAAGCCAUUUCCUACGUGGAUCCUCAGUUCCUUACGUACAUGGCACUUGAAGAACGCCUGGCCCAGGCGAUGGAAACAGCCCUUGCGCACUUGGAGUCCCUUGCGGUGGACGUGGAGGUGGCCAAUCCGCCGGCAAGCAAGGAGAGCAUUGACAGUCUUCCUGAGAUCCUGGUCACUGAAGAUCACAGCGCGGUGGGGCAGGAAAUGUGUUGCCCUAUCUGUUGUAGUGAAUAUGUGAAGGGGGAGGUGGCAACCGAGCUGCCAUGCCACCACUAUUUCCACAAGCCGUGCGUGUCCAUCUGGCUUCAGAAGUCAGGCACCUGCCCCGUGUGCCGCUGCAUGUUCCCUCCCCCACUCUAAGACCAAGGCUCUUUACUCCUGGUCUGAUGAUUUUCCCCAACUGAAACCCACAAUACUGCAGGAGCCCUCUCGAAAUUAACAAUUGAAAUGAAACCAAUCAUUGAUUAACCUACACCUGUCAAUUCCUUGUGGUUAUUUCCAAUGUGAAAAUGGUUGUGUACGAUUGCAUUAAAAUUCAUAUUGUCUGUUAGAGGUUAGAAAGGAAAAACUAAACUUUCUAAAUGCUACUUGAGAUUGCAGGAAGAACAUACUUUUUCUAGCCUGAAAGUUGAAAUAAAUUGCAUUUGUUUUCUUCAGUAGAAUGUGUUGCUGUUAAUUGUAACGUCAAGUUUAUCUGUGAAAUAUGUCCAAAAGGCAUCAUCAUUUCUGUUGCAUGUUAUGGGUUAAUGUUCCUGUAAUUGCAGUGCCGUAAAAACUUAUUAAAGUUCUUCUUUUGGUUUUACAUGGUACAGUGGAAUUGUUUGGUUUUGUCUAAAAUGGUGGUACUAAGUGAUUUUAUAAUUGAUCUCUUGUAUUUGCAUCAAAAAUAGGUUUUUUCCCAAUAGCAUAAAAACUUGAGUUUCAAGGGAAAUGCUGACUCCAACAACAGCAAAAAAUUAAGGCUAAUUCUAAAAGUAGGAAUAAAGUGUAUGAUUGUCAAACUACUACAGGGGUAAGGGUCAUAAUGGGAAUACUCUGUUAGUCUGUGGGAAGGAAAGAAACAAUGAGAAAGCAAUGUAAAAAUAAAGAACAAUGGUAGGAAUAAAUCCAAACUGAGUGCAGGGGUGAAGGAGUUAAAAUCCCCUUUUAGAAAGUAGAAACUCUCAGACGGAGUGGGCAAAAAAACAAUAAAGCUGUCUGCUGACUGGAUACCUUAACACAGUGACACAAAAAGAGUAGAAAAAUAUAUGCCAGACAAGUGCUUGCAGAAAAUAUUGGUAUCCACCUACACAGAAUGGACAGGUUUGAACGUUUGGCCAUAUUGGCUUCAGAGCUCUCUCUCUCCAAUAAGUAGAAUUUUUCAGGCACAGGUAAAGUUCCUCACCCGUCAUAUUUACCUUCCUUCCUGCACAGAGGUAAGCACUACCCAGGAAAUGGUGUGUUUACGUCUUCUCUCUGUUUUUAGACAUAUGUAUGUGUGUAUAUGUGUACAUAUAUAUGUAUAUGUGUGUGUGUAUAUAUAUCCAUGACCAAUAUAGAGUGUUUAUGUUUUUUAAAUGGACAUGAUUGAUAGAAUGUAUGUAUCGUUUUGCAACUUGUUUUUUCACUCAGCACUGUUUUUAAGAUGUAGCCAUUUUGAUACAUGUAGAUCUAGUUCAUGCAUUUUAACUGCUGUAUACGAAAAUAGUCAAUUGUAUGAAUCACCACAGUUUAUUUAUCCAUUCCCCUAUUGGUGGACAUUUAGGUUCUUCCCAGUAUUUUGCAGCAAUGAACAUACCUCAAAGGUGUCUCUUUGUGCACACGUGUGAGUUUCUCUAGGGGUGAGUAUAUGGAGAUGAAAUUUCUGGGUCUUAGGAUUGGAGGUGAAAUUUUGGGGUCUUCAGGUUUGAGCAUCUUUGUCCUAACUAGAUAUUGCCAAACUGCUUUCCAAAGUGAUUGUACUAAUUUUUGCUCCUACCAACACUUCUUGAGAGCUGUUUUCAGCUUCAGCAGCCUGGAUAUUGUUAAUGUUCAACCUCGCUGGUAAUCAGUGACAUAUAAAUUAACACAACAAUGAACAUAUUGUGUCCCUCAGAAUGCAGUAGUUUUUCUUCGUGAUACCAUCUAGUUUGGGCUAGGAAGAGAAGAAAUGGGAGCACUCAUGCUUUUGGUGUGAAUGUGAGCGAUGGCAGCCUUUGUGGAGAGCAGUUCGGGAGGAGCUGUCGUUCACGAUGGAAAGUGGCGCAUGUCCUGCAGCCCAGCUUGGAGACUUGGGUAGAACGGAAUUAAUACUGUGCAGCAGUUAAAAAGUGUACUGACAUGGAAGGAGCUCCGAGACAGAAUGUUAAGUAAAAAAAGCAUAUUGUAGAGCAAUGUGUACAGUCUUUAUGGAAAAUAAAACCUUAUAAAACCG